CUGCUGCGGGCGACUCGUCGCCAUUACGGGGCAGCGGCGGCCGAGCCGGGGCCGGUGCGGCGCCGAGCAGCCGGUGGGUGCCGGGGAGGUGCCGACCCCUCGGGCGGCAGCAGCGCCGGGCCCCGCGGGGCUCCGUGAGCAGCUCUUCUCUUUCCCGCGCCCGGAGCCCCGCAGGCCCGGCCCGGCCUCCCGCGGCCUUCCCCGGUUCGAACUGAGCAGCAAGAAGAUGUCGCCAUGAAGGAGGCCGAGUCCGCGCUGCGCCGCCCCCGCCGGUCGCCCCCGCGGGCCAUGAGCCUGGGCCCCCGCCGGCUCCGCCAGCGCCCGUCGUGCCCCCCCGCCCAGGGCCGCCGCUCGCCCGGGGCGCCCGUUGAUGCUGCAGAGCUCGCCCGGCGCGACCCCCGCAGCCCCCGCCAUGGACAAGAGCAGCCCCUGCGGCUCCGGUGCGCCCGGAUCCUCGGCCGGCAGCAAAGGGCAGCAGCCGCGGUCCGCCUCGGCCGGGCCCGCCGCGGGGGAGUCUAAGCCCAAAGGCGAUGGAAAGAAUGCGAGUGGAUCCAAACAGCGUUAUAAUCGUAAAAGAGAAACUUCAUAUUCAAAAAAUGAGAACUUUUCCAGUCAGUCCCGUCGCUCCAAUUCACAGAAAAGCAAAGCUUUUAACAAGAUGCCCCCUCAAAGRGGAGGCAGCAGYGGAAGUGGCAAAUCUUUUAGCUCUUCUAAUGGUGGAAGACGAGAUGAGGUAGCAGAGGCUCAACGGGCAGAGUUCAGCCCUGCCCAAUUCUCUGGUCCCAAGAAGAUUAAUCUGAACCACUUACUGAACUUCACCUUUGAACCCCGUGGCCAAGCAGGACAUUUUGAUGGGAAUGGACAUGGCAACUGGGGGAAAAGGAACAAGUGGGGACACAAACCAUUCAACAAGGAGCUCUUUCUGCAGGCCAACUGCCAGUUUGUUGUCUCUGAAGAACAAGACUACACAGUCCACUUUGCUGAUCCAGAUACCUUGGUCAACUGGGACUUUGUGGAGCAAGUGCGAAUCUGUAGCCACGAAGUGCCCUCUUGCCCAAUAUGUCUGUACCCACCGACCGCAGCCAAGAUCACCCGCUGUGGCCAUAUCUUCUGCUGGGCAUGUAUCCUUCACUACCUGUCCUUGAGUGAAAAGACCUGGAGUAAGUGUCCUAUUUGUUAUGGCUCUGUUCACAAGAAGGAUCUCAAGAGUGUUGUUGCUAUGGAAACACGUCAGUAUGCAAUUGGUGAUACCAUUACGAUGCAACUUAUGAGAAGAGAGAAAGGUGUUCUUGUAGCACUGCCCAAAUCCCAGUGGAUGAAUGUGGUUCAGCCUGUUUACAUCAGAGAUGACCAACACAGUCAGUAUUCAAAGCUGCUGCUGGCAUCCAGGGAGCAGGUCUUGCAGCUGGUGAUUCUGGAGGAGAAAGCGGCAUUACUGAAGCAGUAUGAGGAGGAAAAACACACCCCAGAAGCCUGUUUCAUUGAGGCAGCUAUCCAGGAGCUGAAGGAGCGAGAAACAGCACUCUCUGCUGACCAGGAUAAAAACAAUGGCAUUGCUGGAAUCACUGCAGCUGUGGAAGAAUUGGUCCUAGAAAGCUCCAAAGCUGUGGAGCCUGCUGUUUCCCACGAGAAAAAGUGUGAUGUGGAAUAUCUCUCUGCAUUUGAUGAGGAGCUGGUGGAGCCUUGCUCUGACCUGGCAAGUUCCUUUUCACCUCCUGUGGAAGUAGAAGAGGCAGUGCUGGAUGAGGAGGAAGUACCUGAGGUGGACACUGUAGGAGAACCUGUUAUAAACACUAUAGAAGAACCAACUCCAGCUGAAACAAUCUGCCAAGAAUCUAAAGAUACAAUUAGCAGUGGACAUCUUGGCAACUCUCCUUUUUACUAUUUCUAUCAAGCGGAGGAUGGGCAGUGCAUGUACCUUCACCCUGUGAACGUUCGAUGCCUUGUGCGUGAAUAUGGCAGCUUGGAGAAGAGUCCAGAGAAAAUAACAGCUGCUGUAGUGGAGAUAACUGGCUACUCCAUGACAGAGGUAGCUAUUUUAUCUUAUUAAUU